CGUGGGGGGAAGGCUCCUGGCCAUUCUGCUGCUGCUGCGUAGCGAGUGAGUGGGUGUCGGCGCAGCACGCUUGAGAGAACGUUCUGCGGCUGGUUGGUGUUGCUGCUGUGAGCUGCGGUUCAUAAUGGCUUCCAGGAUGCUUGCUCGUCGGUCUCUGCUGACCAUUUCGAGACACUCACAGACUCCUAUCCCACGGAGAGCAAUGGGGGCUCAGGCCUCUCCCUCGCUCCAUGACCAGGGUCUCCCAGAGUACGAGGGUCCCCUCAUGAAGACGACCGUGCCAGGGCCCAAAUCACAAGUCCUAACCAAGGAACUUGGGGAGAUUCAGAACUCGGUGGCCGUGCAGUUUUUCUGCGACUACACAGCCAGUCGGGGCAACUACCUGGUGGAUGUGGAUGGCAAUCGCAUGCUGGACCUGUACAUGCAGAUCUCAUCACUACCACUUGGUUACAAUCACCCAGCCCUUCUCCGUAUCCUGCAAGAUCCUGCAAAUCUGGCCACAUUUGCUAACCGACCGGCACUGGGAGCUUUACCUCCGCAUGACCUUCCUCAACUUCUCCACAAGUCUCUCGUGUCGGUGGCUCCCACUGGACUCCGGCAGGUGCAGACCAUGGCUUGUGGGUCCUGCUCCAACGAGAAUGCCUUCAAGGCCAUCUUCAUCUGGUAUCGGAAUAAGCAGAGAGGAGGAGCCAAACCCACUACUGAAGAGUUGAGGACAAGUAUGAUUAAUCAGUCCCCUGGCAGUCCUGAGCUCUCGAUCUUGUCCUUCAUGGGUAGUUUUCACGGCCGCACCAUGGGUUGCCUCGCCACGACGCACUCAAAGGCGAUCCACAAGCUGGAUAUCCCCUCACUGGACUGGCCGAUCGCUCCCUUCCCGCGCCUCCAGUACCCGCUCGAGGAGCACUCCCGGGAGAACGCGAGUGAGGAGGCGCGCUGCCUGGCUGAGGUUGAGGAUCUGAUGCAGAAGUUUGCACGAAAAGGCCGUCCUGUUGCCGGCGUUGUGGUGGAGCCUAUACAGGCCGAGGGGGGAGACAACCACGCUUCGGACGACUUCUUCCGCAAGUUGCGCGCACUCACUGCUAAGCAUGGGGCAGCCUUUCUGUGCGACGAGGUGCAGACUGGGGCUGGUACUACAGGCCUCUUCUGGGCACAUGAGCACUGGGGGCUGGAGAACCCACCCGAUGUCGUCACAUUCAGCAAGAAGAUGCUCACCGGUGGCUUCUACUAUAAGGACGAACUCCGCACAGAAUUGCCGUAUCGCAUUUACAACACGUGGAUGGGGGAGCCCAGCAAGACGCUGAUGCUGGCGGAGGUGCUGAAGGUGGUGCGUGCGGAGCGGCUCCUGGACAACGUGCAGCAUGCGGGCUCCGUUCUGCUGCGUGGGCUCACGGACCUGCAGAAUGAAUUCCCCAACAUACUCAGUCGAGCACGAGGACGGGGCACAUUUUGUGCCAUCGACAUUCGUGAUGAGGACACUCGUAACAAGGCAGUGCUACUAGCAAGGAAUAAAGGAGUGGUGCUGGGUGGUUGUGGGGACAUAUCGAUUCGCUUCCGCCCGAGCCUAAUCUUCACCGAGAUCCAUGCCAACAUCUUCCUGAACAUCUUCCGAGAUGUCGUCUCAACCCUCAAGUAACAACUUGGUUCAUCGCCACAAAUGGCUCUUCCCUCUUCCCGCCCCUCAACGGACCGCCCCAAGAUCUCCCGCACACCCACCCUCAAGUCACGACCCAUGCAUCUUUCCAACAAGUAAACAGCCCAAGUAAAUGAAAGGCAUGUCCGAAUGUUUUGGCUGUAAGUAAGUGAUGGGGAAAGCGGAUCCCUUGACAGGACAUGAGGAUACGAGUUGAUAUCGUUUGCUGAUGUCUGUGGUAGAAAUGCAUGUCUGUUAAACGUUGAAAUAUGGAGGUUGGGUUGAUGGAUCAUGAAGGGAUGGGAGUCCUGCAUUGCAUUGAGCCAUCGUGAUGAUGGUGUGCAUGAGAUGGCCCACCUCCUGGGAAAAGAGGUGGUGACUGUCAUUGGAAAUCCAGAAGGUAGGUUUCAGACAGGCUGCCUAUACAGUGGAGUUUGCGAGUUCUCAUGAACGCUUGGUUUUAUUUUGAGCCACUCAAGUUUACCUUUUGCAUGCAACAACUUAAAAUAAAUGUAAACAUCCCAAUCCGCAACCACCUAAAAUAGAUGUUUGUACUCUGUGAGUUUUUUCUACAAAUAUUUUUUAAAAAGUAUUACUCUUUCUAGGUUCUGUGCAGAAUCUUUAAAUUUCUAAUAGAGUAAAAUAUGGCUCAACAAAGCAAUGCCUAAUGAAAAAAGUAUAUAAAACGGUUGCUGAUGUAAUAUUUAGAAGGGGUUGGUAGGUGGUGUGAAGGUAAUUUGAAGGGAUGUUUAACUGAAUCGUAUGUAUUCAUUAGAGUAGUGAUAAGCUUUUUAAUCUGGAUAUUAACAGUCUGAGAGAGUGGAAUGUAUAAAAAUGCCAUGGAAAUGUUUUCAGACAAAAGGAACAGCAGAGGAUAAGGAGAGACUACCCAACCACGUUAAGCCUGACUCUUUCCUGGCAUGUGUUUUAGCAAGAGGUUGAGAAGGGUGGGAAUAUUAUUGCUCACUAAAUCAGAGCAUGUAAUCACUCUGCUGAAGUAUUAAUUUUUAAAAAACCUAUUAUGAAGUGUCAAUGACGUAUAAUAAAUUUAUUUUCAGUUUUAACUUUACUGCCAUUGAAAUUAAUAUUCCAGGCAGCACAGUAUAGCUAAAUAUGAUGCUAUGACUGCAUUAUUAAGGUGGCAUUGCUAUCUGCCUAUGAAUCUAGUCCAGCCUUGAUUGCAUAUGCUGCACGAUAUUAAAUAUAGUGUAUGUAAAUCUUGACUUUAAGCUUUUGUGGCUGCAGGAAUUCAUAUUCUUUGGGUCUUUCGGUAAAGUCACAUAGAUAGGUUCAAAUAAUUGUUUUGUUAUUUCUUUGAACCUAUUUAUGUGACUUUACCAAAAGACCCAAGGAAUAUAGCGUACGUGUUUUAAAAUUAAAUAAUAGUUUUUUUUGCAUUAAAAUAAAAUUACAAGAUAAUGUAUUGUUAAAGAAUAAUAUCAUGAAUGUGAUUAUUUUAAUUAGUGUUCAUAUCCAUGUUUAAAUUAACCUGACUUGGCUGGAAGUCCUAAACACUUCAGAAUGCAGUAAACUGGCCUAACCUACUUAAAGCAUUACGAUAAAAGUAUACAUUGUCACUUCUUUAGAAAGCAGAAAUCAUGUGAUACUUUGUUGCUGAGCAGAGAAAACUCAGUUAAUUUUCAAUAAACAAGGCUUUUAAUUACAAAAUCAGUGGUGGUAUUAUUGAUCACUAAAUCCAGUUAGAGUUUUUAAGUUAAUGUUAGGACCCAAUUUUAACAAUAAAUGUGGUUUGUAGGGUGAAUGCUAAAUUCCUAUCAUAAAUAUUGAGCUGGCAUUAUUUAAUUACUUGGUUAAUUAAAAUCAGAUUUUCUUUUUAAGAGUUUGUUUAACAUCUAGUUGCCGAUAUAUUCUGCUUGCCCACUUACUUUUUGAACUCUAAAUUUGUAUAAUUGCAUCAUAUCCAUGAUUGACAUAAAGCAAGUUGUGAUUCAUGGCAUGAAGAAAUAUCAUCUAAUGUUGGGUGAAAAGCCUGUUGAAAUGGCUGCUGAAGUCGUGUUGUGGUUUCUUCGGAAUCCACUCCAAAAUAUCGUGAUGCAAUGUUCCUUUAUUGUGAAGAGUUGCCAGUGUGAUCACUUCUCCUAAUGCUUUGGCCGAUGGCACAACUGGUAUUAAAAUUCAAACCCCAGCCCGUGUCCUCGUAUUUGAGUGAAUUUUAAGUAGUGCUAAAGCCAAUUGGCAGUCCCGAACUGGUGUUGGAAUUCUGUGAGCCAAAAGUUUCCUUAUUGGACAUUCAUUAUUUAAUUUCCACCAAGUGGUUAUUUUCCAAACCUUGUUUGGGUUGACGAUGAAGUCUACACUGACCAAGACUUAAAUUUGUGUUCUCGUAAAUUGGAGCCCAAUGAAGCUACAGCAAGGCACCGUUAUAUGUGUGUUAUAAUUGGAGAUAAAAUCCGAAUAAGUAAUCAUUGCAGUCCAAAUUCAGAAUGUGCUGUAAGAUACAUUAUUCAUUAUGAGGUAGGUUACAAUGUCGGACAUACGAGUGACACCAAGAGGUCGGAAACCAAGUAUAUAAGAUAUUGAGCUACGUGGUGGUGGUGGUGGUAACGAGACUGAAAAAAGAGUGGGCCUUGGAGUUUGGUGUAUCACUUUGCAACACUUGAUGGAUAUAUUAGAAGAAAACGAUGGUCAGCUGCGAUGACGUCGACGGCAUUGGCCACGAUGACCUCUUCGCGAUGAGGUCCUGCCAAAUGGAGCCUUGCUAAGUGUCGAUUGCUAGGACUUUGGUUAAGGAGGGGGAAAGAGAUGUCGAUUAAUAAAAUGGGGCAUCCAGUGAUAGGCCAUGAGUUGACCAGUGAGGAAAACCGGAGUAUUUUGAGUGGGAAGGUGGGCAAAGCAAGGGCAUUAGUAAGGUUUGUGAGUGAUGAUGUGUAAUCAUCCGCUGCGUCACUGCCUUGCCGUAAACGGUUUUCACUUGUGACAUCAAUUAUACAAAUACUAUCAAGAAACUAAGAACACGAAAUCUGAAGAUUAUGUUUUUUAAUCCUUACAUUAAUAUUAAAUGGUUGUGUUUUUGUUAUGGUUUAAAAGAUUUAACAAACUAUAAAACUGAUGUUACUUUGAUUGGUACAAAUUUACACGAUGGACAUUAAACACAAAACUGUAACAUG